CUGGGGUGACGAUGGCCAUACAUUCAAUGCCGACAAGCUAUUUUGUGGCGAUCUUGGGUACAGCAGGAAUCGUCAGAUCGUCUAGACUUGAUACCAUCGUACUCUGAGUUGCGAUGAAGUUGGCCGACAUUCCUCCGUGGACCGUGGCGGAAGAUGACAAACGCGUCUGCGAGCGCCAGAGUGGGACGGGCGGAGAGGGAUGCUUGCUGUUUAUCCUGCCACCGUCGUUUUGCAUGUGGCCCCGCGGACCCCUUCCCGUCUUCCCUUCGUCCGUAUACAGCAUUCAUCACCUGGUUGUCCGCCGUCCAUAUCCGCCGUAUUCCGCUAUUUAUUCUCGCUCACUUCCUGUCUGUCCAUCUCUCUUCAGGAGUGUUGACCCUCAAGUGUGACAAUUACGUUCUUCAUCGUAGUGUAAGGUCCCAAGGAAAACAGGCGACAAAGUAUCAGCACUCUCCGACAAAUAUGGCCGCCAGCAUCCCUUCCGCCCCGCGUGAGGAGAGCUUCCUGGUUCGCGCUGGGACCCUGCGAAUUCAAGUGAAGCGGUGGGGAAAGAAAGGAGGUGUUCCCAUCUUGGCGCUCCAUGGGUGGCUGGACAACGCGAACACCUUCGACCGCCUCAUCCCCUACCUUCUCGCACACCACAACGAUGAGUCUGGAGUAGGGCUGGAUAUCAUCGCUCCCGAUUUUGCGGGCCAUGGGCGUAGUGCGCACCGACACCCGCAGAGCGAUUAUUUGCCGAAUAAAUGGGCGGAGGAUUCGAUCAUGAUUGUGGAGCAGUUGGGCUGGACCCGGUUCGCCCUCCUCGGCCACAGCAUGGGCGGCGCCAUCAGCACGAUAAUCGCCUCGAUCCUCACCACGCGCAUAACCCACCUCAUCCUCAUUGAAAACCUCGGGCCACCUCCACCACCCGCCGAUGAACAGCUCUACGCGAAGUUGUGGGCCACGCAACUCACAUUACCGGAUAGCGCGCCUGGUAGAGGGAGGGGCAAACGCGUGUAUGGGAGCUUAGAGGAGUGCGCGGUUGUAAGAGCAAGCGGGAGCCGGGCGAUGCCAUUGAGUGUGGAGGCGGCGAGGGUGCUUGUGGAACGUGGGGCGGUGGCUGUUGGAGAUCAGGAGAGUGGGUCGGAUGUGGCUGUUGACACCUUCGACCCUGUGGGCUUAUCAUCCAUUCCUGCUCCCACACCAACGCCAAUUUCAACACGCAUCCCAUCGGCCACCACAACCACCCACUACACAUUCACAUUCGAUCCCCGCAUCCGCUCCUACCCGCCAGAACUCGCCCUCCCGCCUCCCGUCCUCCACACAUUCCUCUCCUCCAUCACCGCGCCCGUGCUUAUAAUCCUCGGCACCCACGGCCUCCCAGCCUCGCGCCGGCUCAUUGAGCUACGAAAGGGGCUGGUGCGGGAUUGUAGGGUUGUGGAGGUGGAGGGCGGGCAUCAUUGUCAUUUGGAUGACGGGUGGGAGGGUGUUGGGGAGGUGAUCAGAGGGUGGUUGAAGGAGAGGCCGCUGGUGAAGGUGGGGGCGGGGAGAAGCGUUGGGGGAAGAGGGGCGGUGCCGGCAGGGAGGGGCCCGAUCAAGGGAUAUAAGUUGUGAGACUUCAUGCGAGAAGGGUUUGCGACACCCGGUAUCUUGAACAAUC